AUGCAGGAAACAACAAGGCCUUAUAGACGUGAUUUUGCUGGUGGUCGCCCCACAGGACGGUUCUCUAAUGGUCGCAUUCCUUCAGACUUCAUUUCUGAGGCUUUUGGGCUCAAACCAACAGUACCCGCUUACUUAGAUCCUGCGUAUAAUAUAUUAGAUUUUGCCACUGGAGUUUGCUUUGCUUCUGCUGGGACAGGAUAUGACAAUGCAACUUCUGAUGUAUUAAAAGUGAUACCAAUGUGGAAAGAAUUGGAGUACUACAAGGAGUACCAAAACAAGUUGAGAGCCUAUGUUGGUAAAGACAAGGCAAAUGAGAUUUUGAGUGAGGCCUUAUAUUUGAUGAGCCUAGGAACAAACGACUUCCUAGAGAACUAUUACUUAUCCCCUAAAUGGCAAUCUCAAUUCACAGUCCAACAGUAUGAGGAUUUUCUCAUUAGACUUGCUGCAAAUUUCAUCAGAGAACUGCAUAAUCUUGGAGUUCGGAAAAUAUCACUCUCUGGACUUCCUCCAAUGGGGUGUUUGCCACUGGAGAGAACCAUAAAUAUUUUGGGUCAAAACGAAUGCGUGGAGAAAUUUAACAAUGUGGCGCUGGAAUUUAAUGGGAAGUUAAAUGGUUUGGUGACAAGGCUGAAUAUGGAGCUUCCAGGACUCAGAUUACUGUCUGCAGAUGUAUACAAGAUUCUCGAUCAAAUCAUCAAGAAACCUUCUUUAUAUGGGAUUGGCUCCAUGUAA